GUAGUCACUGGUGGCGUAGUCGUCAAAUCUGGCUUUCCCAGCGGGAAUGUGCUCGUACCAUAGGCGGCAAACCAGAUCAUUACUUCAGCGCGAGCAAACUUCCCCUGUUUGGUGAUGUCUGGCUGUUCUGAUCUGCCAGAGUCAGGGUCGACGAAAAAGUCCAGAGCAACGUUGGCGUGGGCGUUUCCAGGUCCAUUAUCCGCAAGAACGGCUUCAUUUGUUUCUGUGAUGACAGUCGUGUUGGCGUUGCCUACGUUAUAAGCCCAGCCCAAAUUCAAGUCGAGUGCUUUGAACUGUUGGAUCUGUCGUGUAUCGGUAAUGGCCUUGAUAUUGGGAUAGGCCCAGACAGAACCGUCGGCCUUGGGCGGGUAGUUCCACGUAGUGCUCCAGAACGGGGCACCGAAUUUGCUUUUAGGGUCAGAGGUGAUGCCGUAAGUUUGGUUAUUGUUGGUAUUAGUGUUUAGGCAAAUGGCACCCGUGUUAGCCCCGUUGACACCCCAGGGGUUGGCAGUGAGCACCCAGGCCUGAUGGCCUUUCAGCACUCGUGUUUCAACGCCGUCGAAUACAUCACAUCUUUGUUCUGGCGUUGUGCCGUUGUUUAGCGGCGGUACAAGAGAACCUCCGCCGUCUGAUUUGGGGAUGCCUUUGCCGCCAGUCGCGGCGUCGAUACUGAACAUAACGCCGAGGGUGAUGGCAAUUGGGAACAUCCACAGCGCGAAGCUGACGAGCCAUCUAGCGUUGAGUCCCAUGUUGGUGUUUGUUUGGAAGAAAAGCUAUCAGAGCGUAGUGUUGUAGUUGCCGGUAGCGCAGAAGUUGGCAAGCUGUUGAACAGAUGAUUUUUAUGCGGAAAUCUGGUUUUGAUGACGCAAGGUGUGGUGAUUCUGGAAAGACCAGACGCCCGGAAGCAGGGCAAAGCACCUCUCUGCCUGGCGGGGAAACGAAUGAAAAUAGCACCGACUGCGGAAGUGACGGGCGUGAGCGUUUGCGCGAUGUUGCAGACCAACGAUUGAUGUCUGUUUGUAACGAGUGUUCCGAUGAAAAGAAGCGACCUGAGCGGUAGUCGUAGCAGGGGAGGGAACUUUGCUGUAGCCAGUCUGAGACGCUGCUAUCGCUAAGCCCCACGCGUACCAAUCAAAAAAAAACCCCAAAAAAAAAACCAAAAGCACUGUAGCAAAAGGCAAACGGAGCCCGAGGUGUGCGUAUGCGUGUGUGUCUGCAGGCGCAGACAGCGCGUGGAUGUGCGCUUGCGGAAUAGCGCAGACGGACCAACACGAACUUUCACACAGUGCGAUUAAGUGAGGUGGCGCGGGUCCCCCGGCAAGGUACGAUACAGUGGGGCGGGGUGUCUUUGUAGCUCCUUAGGAGAUGGCCGCCAGCGACGCUACGUAGUCGCCAAGCCACGAGUCGAGCACUGAGAAAAAAAAAACCAGUUUUUUUCAAAAGCAGCUAAAGUACAGUACAUGGGGCGAGAGGGAUCCAGCACGUAAGCGAGAGAAAAGAUAAGAGGCCCCUUUUCUAAUAUCAAUACAGGCCGUUUUGUAAUGCUCCUUGCCUAAAUGCAGCAGAAAAGCCGCCGCCGGACUGAAAUUGCACCAUGCUAUGAGAUCAUGCGAGCCGUGGCGGCCUGUAGCAGCGCCAUGGAAAAGCAAGGCUGACAGCUGGUCCGGGGGGUGCGGGAAUCCAGGCAGAUGCUGGCAACCUGCUAGCGGCCAGCCCCUAACCACCCACUAUCAGCGUGUGCUACGGGCGCUGUGGGUGGGUAUUGGGAAACCAGAGCCAGUUCCUAAAGCGCUCUGGUUGCGAACGUCAGCGGGUAUCAGUCACUGUUUUAAAUUUGAAAUGAUGAUGUGCACACGUAUUUCUUGCUUUUAUUUUUAUUUUUCUAUUUACGCCAAGGUGCGGGCCGUCUUUAGCUAUUUUGCUUCUUCUCUCUUUUUAUUUCCUUCUUCGGUUCGGGUUGGCGCGUAGGCGGACGGAUCCCCUCACAGGUUCCUUCUGAAAGAGGUGACAUGUUGCUGAGACAAAUUGCGGCGCUACAGCGGCCCAGCUCAGCUAGCAUUGGACAACGGGCGGGGCCCCCUAAUGCCAGGUACACUGCCAUGAUUCGAUCUCAUCAACCCAGCGCUCUGAUGCGUGCAAGGGGAUGCGUCAUGGUGGCUCUUCAAACAGCGCGUGCGUAUCUCUGUUUCACGGACGAUGUGAUGAACCAACAGACAGAGCCUGGUCCAGGAAAUUGGCAUCACCGUGCGCCCAUGGACGACCAACAAGGUGAGCCUUGAUGGGAUUGACGAGCAGCACUCAUGCGCGCUGAGCGAACAUCAUAAAAUCUGUAACCCAGCAUUGUCCUCGUAACGAAUAUGUACAGUUAUGCUGCGGAAUGUGCGGGACCCAUUCUACCCGCAAUAUUUCUAGCUGCUCUUUUUUUGUGGUUUUGCAGCUUAUUCUCCGUCAUAGGGAUGUGGAAUUACGAGGUCCGCAGGCAGUAGAUCCAGAAGCUCAUGCGAGACCCCAAAGGAUGGCUCACUUUAGAUUCUCAGGCGAUGUUUAAGCGCCAAGAACGGAAGAGGAGUUUCACCUGUUGGGGAUUUCGGGAUGGACUAUAGACUGGCAUGGCAUCGGCUAACCCACUCCCACUGUCACACACAAAGUACGGGACUAGAAACACUCGCAACAUAGAUAAAAUGGCCACGACGGCCGGUCUCACCUUAUUCUUAGUUGCUCAAAAGCUUGCAACGUAGAUAAUCAAAGGCAAAUGAAACACAGGAACCGACGAGACACAGGUACGCUGAGUCUCUAAUUAUCACAAGUAAUAGGAAGCAAUUAGAUAUAUGGUCGCUCGAUACUGUAGCUGAACAGGUCUGUAUAGAGUAGUAAGUAGCUCUGGGCAGGCUGGCGCCUUAAGGCUGGCCGUUUUAGUCUCCAAGGUCACCAUGCAGGACAGCUGAUAAUUUGGGUCAGAGCAAGUGUCAUCGCAUGCCACCCGCCAUUAUCACUAGCCAGCAUAUGAGAAAAUACAACCUAGAGAAUUACUAGGCGAAAAUUUUAUUUGUUUUUAUUUUCUUCGAUUUUUAUUACCCUUUGACACGACCAACACUUCUGUAUUUGAAUGUACAACCGGGUCUUGAUGGCCCAGCUUGACUAAGCUGGUAUUCGAAGCCCUCUGAUUGGCCAACCGGCAUGUGUUCUUUACCGAUUCGCUGCUCUGAUUGGUCCAUUCUGCUGAGUCAUCCAGCCGUUCCGACGAAAUCACGAGUCUUCCACGUCGAGUUCCGAGGCUCUCCGCAACCCCCAGAAAACCACAACGUCAAACAUCAUCAUGGCUUCCUUUGCCCGCCCCUCGCUCUUAAGGCAGACUGCCAUGGCGUCUCGCUGCAUUGCCCGCCCUAUGGUGGCUCGCACCGCUUUCGCCAGAGCCGCCAUUCACACCUCCAGCAAGCGAUGCGGUUUGCUGCCACCUGGUCCCCAGGUUGUUCACGGAACAGUCAACGACCCUGCUCCCGUUCCUACUCCUAACGCCGCUCAUGGUUCCUACCACUGGGCUUUCGAGCGUGCCCUUGCCGCUGGUCUCGUCCCUCUCACAAUCGCCCCCUUCGCUGCCGGCUCGCUGAACCCUACAAUGGACGCCAUCCUGUGCGGUGCUUUGGUGUUGCACUCCCACCUCGGCUUCCAGUCUGUUAUCGUCGAUUAUUUCCCUAAGAGCACCUACCCUGGUGUCCACAAGCUGUUCUGGUGGUUGUUGAACUUGGCUACGGUCACUGUUGGUGUUGGUCUGUAUGAGUUCGAGACCAACGAUGUUGGUGUCACGGAGGCUAUCAAGCGCGUCUGGAAGGCAUAAAGGCCAUUCGAUAAUCAUUACUAGAGCGUUUUGGGAGGUGCAAAGAUGAGGAAAACAAGCUUUGCGGAAUGGUUGGGCCGUCAAGAACCUGAGGGCGGGAUAUACCUUCUUUUCACUGUAUAGAGGCGUCGGCGAACGAACGCACCGUGUACUGUUGCCAUACGCAGUUGGCAUGGCCAUGUUACUAUUUAAAAUGGAAUAUUUUCUUUGUACCCUGCAGCCAAAUCUACUCCAACAUUGACUUAAAGAUACAUACGAGUAUAGCGCUGUAGAUAGCUCGCGGCGUGCAAGGCCGAGGUUAUUGUGCCUAACAGAUUUGGUAGCGUGUCCCAUAAUAAUUUGUUAGUGCGGCGAAUUGUGACGCAAGCGCUCACGGAAGAAC